AUGGAGUGCUAUGUGAAUUGGUUGACUGAUCUCAAUUCAUAUUCGCUUGAAUCGCAAAAGUGGAAAAAUUUAAAAUUAUUCUACGUUCCUAGCAAUGUGCUUCGUCCCCCUCCGGAUUUUGGAGGGCAAUCAGGUUGCUUUUUGCCUCCAUCUUCUACUUCCCCUGAUCUACUUGUUCUUUUUGGUGGAUACUGUAAACGAAGGCGCGUAUGCAUUAACAAGGUUGUCAUCGUUGCUCCUACACUUGGCCAGUGGUGCUUUGCAAAAAUCGAAGGCGAGAAUGAAGAUGAAAAUGGCAUAAAAUUACCAGCACCUUCUGAAAGUGAUGAAAAUUUAUUAUUGGGACGAAGUGCGGUCUGGAAUAAUACCGAUCAAAGUAAUUGCCAGUCCAGAACAUCGCAAUAUCCUGAUUCUGAGAGCUGCCUUUCCGUUCGUCCAUUGGGGCGCUACGGCCAUUCUGCUUGCCCCCUUAAUGAGAACCAAAUUGUCAUCGUUGGUGGAAAUACCGAGCCCCCUCAGUCUCUUUUGUCCUCUGUCGCAACCGACCUUCAUCCUCAUCACCAAGGCCGACGGUUUGAUGAACAUCGUAACGCGGCAAUCGCAGAGCCAAACGGUGAAGGCAGACCUUCAGAAAAUUCACUUCCUAUAAUUAAUGGUACGCCUGCUUGUGAUAUCUGGAUAUUAACAAGGAUUCCCCAGGAGACCGGAAAAUCCUGGACUACCGCCUGCUGGUUCUGGACAAAGGUAGUCUGUUCAUAUUCUGGUUCUGGCUGCCCACCUCCUGACUUUUACUACAGCAUCUCUUUGCCUGUGCUUUCGCCGCUAUCGGGUUCAGGCUCAUCUCUUUUCAAGAGUAAUUACGAUAUUAAUUAUCCUGAACAGCAACAGAAAGAACAGCUGCAAAAACAGUCAAGUCUUUCCUGCUCAACUAAUAGUCCUAGCAAUACCGUCACAAUUGACUGUGGCUCUAGUAAUGUUCGUCUUUUUGUGCUUAGUGGCGCCACACAGACCAUGAUAGAUGAGGCAGGUAAACAACGUCGCCUUCGGUGGCGCCGCGAAUUAGCAUUGGAUAGGGCUUGUCGCUCGACAGCUCAAAGACAGGUAGCUGCGAAUUCAGUCACAAAUGUUGGGGAAGGCGAUGCAAUCAGCGUCUACUCAGCAGACUCAAUGCCGAUAGCCACUUCUCCUUUCGCGAGCCCUUUUCGUGGCUCAUCAAAACAGAAGCUCAAUGCCCUUGACUCACCUCAGUCACUCCCAAACAUAGAUUCCUCGUCUACUUCGCAGUGCAAUACAGGAAGUGAAGCGAACUUCAACUUAGGUGUACUCUACCGUCAUGGCGGAUAUCCUGAUACUCCGGCUUCACCUAUUUCCUCAUCCUCUGGUAAUUAUUUCGCAAGCACUUUUUAUUUACUUGCCUUCAUUGUGCAUUUUUAA